AAAAAUUCUAUUUGGCUGGUAUUGUUCACCCUUAGAGAAACCAAAAUCUUCUCAUUUUUGUUUGGCUCCAAGAUAGCUGAGCUGAUCUGUGUUUAAACAUAUUUCUUCUUCAGGAAAUGGAGGCAGGAUGUUAUGCUCGGCGCAAGCUUUUAUCGGAGUAAUUAUGUGACCAAAGCUGCAGAUACUCAAACAAGAAUUUCUUUUGAUGAUUUGAUUUCACAAGGCCAAGCACAAAGAGCCCGCAAGCCGAAGCCAGAUUAUCCAGCAGUUGACGAAAUACCACAGGAUAACAAAAAAGCAGUUUAUGUACAAUCUGUAGGGAAAAGAAUUUCAGCUGAGGACAAAAAGAGGUUGCUUGUCAACACACUUCUUGACCUGAAAGAUUCGAAGGAAGUUGUUUAUGGGACUCUUGAUGCAUGGGUUGCUUGGGAGCAAAAUUUUCCUUUAGCCUUGCUGAAAAGGGCAUUGCUUGUUCUUGAGAAAGAGGAGCAGUGGCACCGAAUUGUUCAGGUUUUAAAAUGGAUGUUAAGUAAAGGUCAAGGAACUACAAUGGGUACAUAUGAGCAGUUAAUAUGUGCUCUAGAAAAAGAUAAUAGGCCUGAAGAAGCCCACACUAUUUGGGUAAAGAAGAUCAGCUAUGAUCUGCAUUCAGUGCCUUGGCGGUUUUGUGAUCUUAUGCUAUCCAUUUAUUAUCGCAAUAACAUGCUAGAGAGGCUUGUGAAGCUUUUCAAGGAUAUUGAGUCAUAUGGCCGUAAACCUCCAAGAAAAUCUAUUGUGCGGAAAGUUGUAGAUGCAUACGAAUUAUUGGGCUUAUUAGAGGAAAAGAAUAGUGUACUGCAAAAAUAUGAUGACUUAUUUAAUGGUUCUGGAGAAUCUCCAAAGAAAUUGCGCAAGUUCUCAAAGAGAGGUAUUGCAGCAGGUAAGAAGAAACUUACAAGCAAAGUAGCCAUUGAUAAACCAACUAUAAACAAUAUUGCUUUGGACUCAGCCUCUGGAGCUCAUGCUUAGGCAAGUUUUGUGCAGAAAUAUUUAUGACACCGAAAUGCAAGACUGCUUCCCCUUAUGUUUCAAGCUUUAAAAAUCUCAAGCUAAUUGGUCUGCAUUCACUACAACUCUUUUUAAAUAAACGGUGGAGUGCAUUAAAAAAUGCCAGCAAGAGGAAAAUAGGCAGCAGUAGUAAUAAGCAAUUUUGUACAACUGUUAUUCUAAAUUAGUAUCAACAUUCGCAAAACAUUCUCCUUGCUGUGGUCUAUAAUUCAUAUGCCAUAAUUAGUAGUUCCAAGAGGCCUUUUUCUUUA